GAGAGAAACGUUUGGCCCUCGAAUAGUAGUUGUGCUUUUCCAUUUUCUAUAUUUGUAUUCAUAUCGACAGUAUUUUUUUUGCUCAUAGUGGCAUAUUUCGGAAAACAUGAAUGAGGAUAUUUUGACCACUCUGAAAAUACUGAUCAUCGGAGAAAGUGGAGUGGGCAAAUCCAGUCUUCUUUUGAGAUUUACAGAUGAUACAUUUGAUCCAGAAAUUGGUGCAACAAUUGGUGUGGAUUUCAAGGUGAAAACCCUGGCUGUGGAUGGAAACAAAGCAAAGCUAGCAAUCUGGGACACCGCAGGUCAGGAACGUUUUCGAACUUUAACACCCAGUUACUACAGAGGAGCUCAGGGUGUCAUUCUGGUGUAUGAUGUCACUAGGCGAGAAACCUUUGCUAAGCUGGAUAACUGGUUGAAUGAGCUGGAUACAUACUGUACAAGAAAUGAUCUUGUCAAAAUGCUGGUGGGAAACAAAAUCGAUAAGGAAGACCGUGAGCUAGAGCGAGAAGAGGGUCUGAAGUUCGCUAGAAAACAUUCCAUGCUUUUCAUAGAGGCCAGUGCUAAGACGAGAGAUGGUGUUCAGUGUGCAUUCGAGGAGCUGGUGGAGAAAAUCCUGCAGACUCCAGGCUUGUGGGAGAGCGUGCACAAGACAAGAGGAGUUGCCCUGUCUGAACUCUCUGAAACCGGUCAAGGAGGCUGUGGAGCAUAUUGCUCACUUCUCUAACACACAAACUGCUGUUUAAACAGUGCAGGUUAGAUUAGUUAACGCAUACGUAUGCAGGAUACAUAAACCUUUUUUGGCCUAUGUAUCUGUGCAAGCACACAAGCAACACUCAUAUCUCAUGCUUAAAGCAUUAUCAUUUAACAGGUCCAGCGAUAUAAGGACGAUCACUGGAAAACUAGAUAAGCCUUAGAGGGGACCUUUCUCACAUUUUUUAGCGAUGAAAUUCAUUUAAAGAACUCUAUUGAAGGCACGCUCAUCAUUUUUAUUCAGGAGGGGGAUAAAAAACUUGAUUACUCUAUUAUACCUCAGAUCAGUUUGCUUCUCAGUUUGUAUAUUUCUCGUAGUGUUUUACUUUGUUUUGUCCCAGUGCCUGUGUUUCUUAUUUAGGGAGAGGUAAACACUCAUCAGUUUAACUCGACCUUUCAAACUGCUGGAAUGAGACCUCAGUAGAACAGAUUGCCCUCGCUUGAUGUCUGCAACGUGCGGAACUCCGUUCCUUCUUUAUCUGUCCAUCUUUGGAUCCCACUUUUUCCUACUGUCAAUCACUUGUUAACUCUCUUUCCUCUCUCUCGCUACAUGUAUCUGUCUUCAAUUCAGUUCUAUCAGUUCCGUCUCUGUUUCUCCACGUCCCUCUCUACAGAAUAAUAGAGUUACCAAGGAUUUUGGAUUUGUGUUUUACUACUUUUAUUGACUUGGACCGCCCACAUAAAAAUAUGUUUUUGAAAAGUUUAUAAAUCAAACAGAUUGGCACAACAAGUCUCUGCUGUACAUAUAAAUGAGGGUAAAAAUAACUGGAAUACCAUAGAAUAGAUUAAGGCUAAGAGAAAAGGCUAAUUUCUUUCUUUUGAAUAUAGGAAUAUUUUCGCCUGCAGAUUCAGGGACACUUAUUGUCUUGACAUGUCUGUCCAUCUCAGAGAAAGGAAAACAUUUUUUAAAAUCCUUAGAGUGAGUCAUUAGGGUGUGACUAUAGAUGGCUAGUUUUCUCACACAGAGAAAUGGAACAAAAGAACAAAUUUAGAAAUAAUAAAUGUUCGCCAAAAAAAUCUAUGACACUUAACAGCGAUGCCAAAUGAAUAUUUCCAUUCUCCUAGUUUAAUCUGCACUAUCCGAUCUGGACUAUUUAGUCUGUUAUGUUUGUUUUAGAGAGACAUCCAGGGGGUCCCAGAUGUCUGGUCUUGUGUUCGUAGCUUAAAAACUGGGUGGUAAAUUCCUGUUGCGAGCCAACCUCAGUUACAGCAGUUUCAGAAAGUGUGUGGCACAUGUGGAAGGAAACGCUGGGUUUGUAUAUACACCCACAGAGUAUUUUCAUUUUUGCGCACUUCUGCAUUGCUUUUCAUUUUUUUUUUGAAAAUGCAAAUUAUUAGGCAAUUAUAAAUGUAUCGUAUAGUUUCCAGUUGCAUGCAGUGAUGUCUUCUGUGCUUUUUAUGGCAGUUAUAUGUAAUGGUUUAUGUUUUGACCAAUCACUGCAUAUAAAAAUCAUCCCAUAUUUCCAUUGAUCUGAGGACUUUAACUAAUUUUGGUUUGGAUUCCUUACAUAAUCAUAUUUUUCUAUUUGUAUGUAAGUUAUUGCUAUUCAGCACUAAAUCCAAUGAAAACGCAUUUACGCAAUAUUGCAUACUGUUAUUGCACAUUCACUGCUGUAUGUAAAUAUUUGCUGAUGAUGGUCAUAAAUACAUUGUAAUGUUGAUGUUUGACACUAUAAUGCGGCACUUAAAAUGACAAUAUUUUGUCUCUGAAUACCUUUUUCUCUCUCUCUUCCACUUUCUCUUAUACCUUUUUCCAGCAGUGAGUUCUUGUUAAAUAUGACCCACCACAGGAAUGUAUCUCCAGGCCUCUGCGAUUUCACCGUUUCCCGUUACAUUUCUGCGUGAAUUCUGUGUAGUGACUGAAGUGUUUGCUUAUUCAUGUGUUCAGAUGGCAUCUUCAUAUGGUUUCCGCACCCGUUCGAUGUGGAUGAAUACAAAUGAUUGCAUUUGGACAGACAGGCAGGUCCAGUAACCAUAGUGAUUGCAGGUUUUUCACCGUAGAUAUGUCUUCAGAGCCGUUUGAGCAGGAGGUGUGUAAUUCCAAGUUGACAAAUGAAGGCCUAGCUGAAAGAUCUCCUUGGAUUAAGUACAAAAUGAUUUGGAGAAAGUAUGUGUCGAUCAUACAUCAACGACGCUUUGCGGUGUCUAUACUGUAUUGUUCUUAUAUGACUGGCUGUCCAUAGUAGUCCUGUAAUUCAGUACGUUAUAUUCCCCCUGAAGUCUUCUCUAAAUGCUCCCACCUGUCGGUUUGACCUUUCUCUUGGAUGAGGAAGGGAUAUUCCAGGCACAAUAUUAUAAU